AUGACGAGCACAACUCAAAUACCACACGCAUACCGUAGCCUGUAUCGAAACCUCCUAAAAGCAGUACAAUAUUCAUCCCCUGCUCGUUUCGUGGCACGCGAUCAGCUUAGAAGAGCCUUUCGCGAGCCCGGUGCCACCUACGAUGAGAGAGGCAUCAAGCGAACCAACUGGUUUCUGGAGGCUGCAGCCAGGGAGAAGGGAAUGGAGCACAGGAUUCUGAAAAACUUGCUGCGAGUUCAGCAUAUGAGAUUUCGGAAGAGGGGAUACUCAUCCUAUGAUCCGCUAAAAUAUACAGAAAUGAGACGUGCUGAUGAAAUGGAUGAAGUUAUGAAAUGA